GGUUUUAAAUCAUUGCGUAUAUAAAUUGCAAAUCUGAAGGGUUUUAGUCCGACUUGAACUUUUAGGCAUUUACCAUUCCUCCUUUAUAUCUGGGAAUUCCUGUUGGGCAGGGAGAGAGAGGAGAGAGAGACCACAAACGGCUAUAAUUGAAGUUAUCAGAGCUGUAUCGACGGAAAACAUAGACAAACAUAUAGCCCCAUAUAAAGAUCGCUGCCUUUUGGGCAUCUAUUUGCUGUUAUUCGUUGUCGAUUGAGCAAAUCUGAGUCCGUAGAUACGAACGGAAAAAGGCCCCGAGGGAUACGCGGGUUUUGUAGAGUGAGAGAAACAGGGUUAGAGAGAGAGAGAGAGGGAUUAAUUCGGCAUUAUUGGGUCCUCAUGACGCCUGAUGGGUAUUCCAGUUCCAAGAAGACUGAUGAUUUCUGUGAAGAUGUUUGUGGCCAGGCAACUCGUGUGGCAACGACUAUGUCGAGGAUUCGUUGCAUGCUGCGAGGGGUGGAUUUGAAAACCUUUUUGUUUCUUCUUGUGGUUGUGCCAAUGGGCAUAUUUGGCAUCUUUAUGCAUGGUCAGAAAAUUACCAGCUUUCUGCGGCCGCUGUGGCAAUCUCCGCCAAAGCCAUUCAUUCAUGUACCACAUUAUUACCAUCCCAAUGUUUCAAUGGAGAACCUCUGCAAACUUCAUGGUUGGGGAAUUCGUGAAUAUCCCAGGCGAGUCUUCGAUGCAGUUCUUUUCAAUAACGAAGUGGACAUGCUUACAAUCCGAUGGAAAGAACUGUAUCCUUACAUCACACAGUUUGUUCUCCUUGAAUCAAACUCAACAUUCACCGGAUUGCCCAAGCCUCACUUUUUUGCUUCCAACCGUGAUCAAUUCAGGUUCAUCAAGCCUCGGCUGACUUAUGGGACUAUUGGGGGAAAAUAUAGAAGAGGCGGAAACCCAUUUUACGAAGAAGCUUAUCAAAGAGUUGCCCUGGAUAACCUUCUCACAAUUGCGGGUAUUGAGGAUGAUGAUCUAUUGAUUAUGUCCGAUGUUGAUGAGAUUCCCAGUGGGCACACGAUUGAUCUGUUGAGAUGGUGUGAUGAGAUCCCUGAAAAACUCCACCUUCAUUUGAGGAACUACUUGUACUCAUUUGAGUUUGUUUGGGCUCAUAGGAGCUGGAGAGCCUCAGUUCAUCGGUAUCAGAUUGGGAAAACUAGGUAUGCGCAUUAUCGUCAGAGUGACUACCUCUUGUCAGAUUCUGGGUGGCACUGUAGCUUUUGCUUCCGCCGAAUCAGUGACUUCAUAUUCAAGAUGAAAGCUUAUAGCCAUUACGAUCGCGUGAGGUUCUCUCACUUCUUGAACCCCAAAAGGAUCCAGCACAUAAUUUGCAAAGGUGGCGAUCUCUAUGACAUGCUGCCUGAGGAGUACACGUUUCAGGAGAUUAUAGGGAAUUUGGGAACUUUACCUCAUUCAUUUUCAGCCGUUCAUCUUCCGGCAUUUUUGUUGGAAAAUCCUGACAAGUACAAGUACCUUUUGCCCGGAAACUGCAAAAGAGAAAGUGGCUGAGUUUCUUGGAAACUCUGGAGGGGCGCUCAUGUAAAGGCUCUGAGGUGCAAAUUUUCUGUUGCACCGUGGACUUUCCAUUGGACGGUUGGAACUAAUACAAGCAUACCGCAUCCCCUACAAAAUCUAGGUCAUUCUUUACGUGCUGGAAAGGCUUGGUUGAUCUGAGAUCAAGAUUUCUUUUUCUUGUCUUUCUAGUCUUAUGUUGGAUCCUGGAUUGAGGUUGUGGUUGAGGAAAGGAAUGACUUGUUUGGGAGAGCAUCUCUGUGGCAUGAUUUCCAUUGUUUUGGAGGAACUAUGUUUGUUUCUUGUUUCUGUUUGACACUGCUAAUUUAUUCGUAUAUACUAACAACUCAACUCUGUGUUGCCGUUUAACUAUCUUAUUUGUAGCAUCUAAUUGAUGCAGAGACUUCUUAUCAAUUUGAUUCGUUCUUUUUCAAAA